UUGUUAGUUCCACGCUGCCGUCUUGUGAAUGGGUCAAGACUGAAAAAACAGAAAGCCAUCCGGUCUCUCGGUUUUAAAAGGGUUACUCCAUGUCCCUUCGUUCAUUCUGGACUGUCAGAUAACGGACCUGUCACGCGCCGACAGACCAACGACUCGCAAAUUUGGGACUUUGAUCACUGAGGCCUUGGGCAUUUGAAACGUCCCGGACUCUAUGUGUCAAUUGCACCAGCUGUUCAGGGCCGAAGAAGAACUUCUGUAUAAAGUAGAUGAGCAACAGUGCUCGUUUUGCUGGUAGAGUCAUGACCUUGAGACAAGCCAAUGGCUGCAAACAGCUGACCUUGACCAUUGGCCUGACCCUGACUCUAGGCCUUCUGCAGUGGCCAAUAGGACAUGUUAGUGGUCAGGAUGGACAAUCUCCUACGCAAGUCCUUCAGGAGCUGCUGACACGCUAUGGCGACAACACCAGCAUCUCCGUCCCUCAGCUCCGAGCGCUCCUCAUGCGCUUAAAUGGAGGCCAGAGUGGAGACCAUGACGCACAAACACAGCCCAUCAAAACCAAUGCAUCCAAGUGCUUGGCUGCAGACACUUUGGCAGUGUAUGGGAUAAGCGAGCAGUCUCAUAUAGAUGAACGGGGCCUGCAGGAAAUAUGCCCUACCAUGUUACAGCAGCUGGACUCACAAGCGUGCAAGACCCAACAGGACCAAGAGUCUGAGGCAAGCCCCAGACCCACUGAUGCUGAGGUGUGGGGUUACUCAGUUUUGAGUGUGACUCUGAUUAGUGCGUUCGCAUUGACUGGUGUUUUUGUGGUGCCCCUGAUGAGGACGCGGUUCAUGCGCAGAACACUCGUCUAUUUCAUCGCACUGUCCAUCGGAACAUUGUUCUCCACCGCCAUCCUGCAGCUCCUGCCUGAGGCCUUCGGAUUCGACCCCAUGGAGGAUUAUUAUGUGCCCAAGUCUGCUGUUGUGUUUGGAGGAUUCUACCUGUUCUUCUUUACAGAGAAAAUCCUAAAGAUGAUCUUAAAGCCAAAAGACGGGGGAGGGCAUGGGCAUGGGCAUGGCCACGGCCACAGUCAUUUUCCAGCAGAGCGCUAUGCCAACUCUAAUGGCGAUUUGGAGGAUGGUGUGAUGGAGAAACUGCAGAAUGGAGAGGCUGGAGGAGCUUCUUUACCCAGAGCGGAAGGUGAUGGCAGAGGGCUUGGGGAAGAUGACAAAAUGCUCAGCACUGGGCAGACAGUACAGGACUCUCAGAGUUCAGGUGGUGCUGGAACUGGUGGAUGUUACUGGCUGAAGGGCAGAGCAUACUCUGACAUCGGUACUCUGGCGUGGAUGAUCACUUUGAGCGACGGUCUCCAUAAUUUCAUCGAUGGCUUGGCUAUUGGAGCCUCCUUCACUGCUUCUGUGUUUCAGGGCAUCAGUACGUCAGUGGCGAUUCUGUGCGAGGAGUUUCCACAUGAGUUGGGUGAUUUUGUAAUCCUGCUAAACGCUGGCAUGAGCAUCCAGCAGGCGCUCUUCUUUAACUUCCUGUCAGCGUGCUGCUGUUAUCUGGGCAUGGGCUUCGGCAUUCUGGCCGGAAACAACUUCUCUCCUAACUGGAUCUUUGCUCUAGCCGGAGGCAUGUUCCUCUACAUUGCACUGGCUGAUAUGUUUCCGGAGAUGAACGAGGUGAGUCGUGAGGAAGAGGAGGCCGGAGGAAGUGGCUCUCUGCUCACUUUCGCCAUCCAGAAUGCAGGGCUGCUCACAGGGUUUGCCAUCAUGCUUGUACUCACCAUCUACUCUGGACAAAUACAGCUUGGAUAGCAGAGGACCUAAAUACAAACUCAAACACUAAAGGACUAUCUCAGCACCUGGAAUAAAACCUGAGACGUACUGGGACCUCCAGAAUUUAAUAUGAGCCAGCUGUGCUGGCUUGUUUUCAGAUCAUUCGCCCAGCUGGACUAGGUCAUGACAUAAAUUUCAAUGUUAUGGGCAUAGUUUGGGCUCCUGGACUGUUUAAAUGAAGCUAGAAUUGACUGACCUGUGAACUUUGCUUUAGAUUUAUCCAAAACCCAGGACCUGUUGAUGGAUGUGGUACCAUUCAUCUAGUUUAGACCUUCUCUUGUUCUUUUGCCUCAAAAGCUUUAGGACACAGUGAUGUCCCUUUACCGUUUGAAUUCUAGCUCCCAAACAUAUAUAUAUGUGGACAUUUUUGUACUGCUUUUUAAUGUUCUCAUUAUUUAAUUCUCAUUUUGUUUUUCAACAAAACAUCUCUUUCCCUCAGAGACGAGCCUUCCUCAUAUUCCUGACUGUGAGGUUUAAAGUAUUGUCCACUAAUGGAUGGGAUGAAACUUGACUCUUUUAACUAACAUUUAGUCAAAUGUAGGUUGUUUCCUAUGCUUCAUACCAAAUGGUUUUAUUUAUUCAAAAGAGAAUUUUUAAAACAACCACAGAAAUACCUAAUUAAAUAAGUUUUUCCAUUGCCUAGGGAUGAGAUAUAGAUCUAGACUAAUUAGUUGGCACUCAUAAUUCCACAACUGAACAUUAUGUAGGUCACUUUAAUCAACAGUUACUGUGCACUGUUGCAUAAAUAGAUUUUAGAUACAAAGCAGUGUCUGUUCACAAACAUAUCCCUGUUUAAUUCUUCCCUCCUCAGCGUCAUUUCGUAAUAGCAAGCAAAAACAGUAAAAGCUUGAAACAACACCAAGGCACCAAUUCUUUUGUUAUUGGUUUUUAUUUUACCUCUUUAACAAAAAAGUAGAGACCAAGGUUCUUCUAGAAAACUUUUAUCUUUCCAUUCAUAUGACCAGAAUAAGUGGUGCAUAUUUUUAGAAAUACCCUCCUAUUAUUUGUACUUUGUCUAACCUGAGAAAAUAAUCACACCAACUUAGUUAUCAUUGCCUUUAACUAUGAUAAUUACUCUUAGAAAACUCCUAUUUUCCUAUUGUUUGAUCUGAAUGCAGUACUCUUAGUAAUUUAAGAAAUAAUUAGGAAAUGCAGGCAAAAUGGGUGUAUAAAAGUGGUGUUGUAGUGAUUCUACAAUAAUAUGAUCAUUCCUUUACAUAUAGCACUACAGUACAGUACUUAGAGCUCUUUGAUAAUUAAGCAUCUAGACUGACUAGACUGUUGGAUUUAAAGCUGAAGUUUGUCAUUUCUGUGGCAGUAGUUUAGUCAAACAUAAUUUUGACUUGUCUGUUUUGAAAUAAUUUCCUGACCAUUACCACUGGUUUUGACCCCAAAAUCAAGCUAUUGGUUGAGCCAGUCUUGCGGUUUCAUGAUGCUAAAAUAUUGUUUUCAAAAACAGUUUGAAAUGCAGAUUUUUUUAGGGGAAAAAAAAUCAAUCAACAAAUGUCUUGCUUUUAACAUUAUAUCUGCAUAUUAAGAUGUGUUAGGAAUUUAUAUAUAUAUAGAGAGAGAGAGAGAGAGAGAGAGAAAAAGGACACGUCAGCAUUAAAGAUGGCUUGAUUUUUAGAAGUCUAUUUAGUCAAUUUAGAAGUCAAUUCCUAAUUGUAAAGUCAGUUAAGAAUAUUCUUAUGUGUAUGAUCUAUAAUACAGAUGUUAAAUUUCUAUGCAGCAGAAUAUAAUUUCAAUGGUUAGAACAAGAUAUGAGAUUAUUUAGAAAUUGAUCUUAUGCUUCUGAUCGACCUUUGCUCACAGUAGAUCCCUUGGCAUCACUUUUGUCUUCCACAUUUAACUCAAAUUCGCAAUUAUGCUUCCAUUGCUUAAUAUUCAUGCUAGUAAUAUAUUCAUAUAUGCUAGUUUAACGGUGUAACGUACAAUGCAUCAGUUGAACACUUCAGUAUGCUGUUGAGCAAAUAGUUACAAGAUCAUUCUGUUCAUCAUGUGAGAGGUCAUUUUAGCUCUGUAUGAACUGAACGUGAUGAUCUAAGUGUAACUUUAUUUCAGGGCUGUCUUUGCAUUAUCUGUGCAUCAGCGUUAAUGCGGUUUUUUUUUGUUGUUGUUGUUUUUUUUUUUAAAUAAUCCCCCUUUGUUUGUGUAUGUAGUUGCAUUCAGCUUUGUGUGCAGCCAUUGUUUCAGCUGGCGUCUUAUUGCUAUGCAUCAACACGUCCUCUGAAGUGAGUUUAUGCCUUAAAAAGAGGAGGUAGUCUCAAUGCCAUCAUCCAGUGGUGAAAAGUUUUAAGUUUUUGUACCUCAUUUUAAAUUCAGUAAUAUUUAAAAACUAUUUUGUAGUGUAGAAUGUGUGAAUGUCCUUUUGUGUUUUUUUUUUUGUUUGUUUUUUUUUGUUUUUUUUCUCAAGUCAUUGAUUUAUGUAUUUUGUCAUCAGUUAUUGUAUUUAAAUGAUAAGAGGGAGUUGUUUUGUCUGUUUUGUUGUUGUGAGAGAGUUUGUGAGCAAAUCAACAUCUUAUGUCAUUUUUUUUUUUUUGUUUGUGGAAGGUGAAAGCAAAUGUACCUGUUACGAUGAAGUCAUUGUUUUAAUUACUGUAAACAUCUCAAGUGUUGUGACUCAUGAUAUCUGUGCAACAUGUGAAAUCUGAUUGCUGGUAAAUGUUUUUUUUUUUUUUCUUCUUUAUUUUUCGUUUAAAAUA